AUGUCCGCUCAACAAGUCAACAAUGGUUCAGAAGCCGGCUCCGAAUGGAGCUUGGUAAGUCAACAGUGGAGCCAGGUGGGCACCAGAAACAGUUCUCCGCAGCCAGAGGAAUCUGCGGCUGCCUUGAAUGUGGAAGCCGAGCUGAGGGAGCGUACCGCGUCGUUGGAGGCGCUGGUCGUUAGGUUAGAGAAGCAGCUGGCUGCAACUCAGUCUCAGCUUGAAUGGAAGCAAAAGAUGCUGGAUCAGUCCCAAAGUUCAUCCAAGCACGGCUGGGCUGCGUGUGACAAUCUACAUAAGCAAUUGAAUGAGAAGACCCGACAGAUAGGAAUCCUGGAUUAUAAAAUGAGGAGGGAAAAGGAAAACUUCGAAAAACAGUCGCUUUCGGAUCGGAAAAUAAACAAGGAGUUAUCCAAGGAAGUGAUGGAAGUGACUGAGGAUCUCCACACGAUUCGCAAGCUCAUUCACAUCCUGGAGGGGACGCGAGAUGUAUCAAUGCUGGAGGAGCAGCUGCUGAAUGAGGAAAGAAUCCUCUCCCAUCUAGUGAGAGGCGAGGUGAAGCGAACUUAUGCUCGUAUCCAGGCAGACUUCACAGCAAUUGUGGAAGUUGAGGUGUAUGAUAGGCGCACGCUUGGAAAGAGGUUGCAGUGCAGUCUGCACACGAGCUCGAAUUAUCACUACAAAUUGUCCCCCGAACGCGAUAGCUGGAAGGGGGACAAGCUGAGUGUGAUGCUCCACUUCGGGAGUCUGAGUGUGCAGAGCUUGGGAGAUGAGAUACCGAUGCCUCCUGGGUUCGAAAGCGCGCUGCUGAGAGGGACGACGGCGAAUGUCUACUUCAACGGUAUCGUUGGAGGUGAUAGGUUGAAGGACAAGUUGGACGAGAAAGCGGGAAGAAAUAGAGGGAACUGA